AUGAUGCUCUGGUUUGUCUAUGUUGUGGUGCGCGCGCGUUUGGUUUUUCACGUCCCCCAAAACAACAUGUCGUCCUCCGAUCCUGUAAUGACUUCUCCAAGUACCAUCAUUUCUUCUGACAAUAAAUUAGCUGUCUUUUCUCAAACUCAACCUGAGAAGCCUUUCCACUACACGUAAGUGUGUUCGAGAUUUUCUGUGUCUAGCUUUCGCUAGUAUGUGUUGUCAUAAUUUUUUUUCCUUUCGAAUCGUCCAGGUACCUGAAGGAGUUUCGGGUCGAGCAAUGUCCGCUAUUUCUACAACACAAGUGUACAGCUCACAGACCGUUCACCUGCUUUCACUGGCAUUUCAUGAAUCAGCGGAGGAGGAGACCGAAAAAGAAAAGGGAUGGCACUUUUAACUAUAGUCCUGAUGUCUACUGCACUCAGUACGAUGAAACAUCAGGGAUUUGCCCUUCGGGUGACGAGUAUGUACCAGGGAUUUUCUCUUGCUUUUACCUCGUUUAUUUGCAGAGUGAAAACGAAAUGGCCGCUUGUUUGUGAUGUGAUCGAUCAAUUUGUGAAUUAAGUUCCUUUUCUCUUUCAGUUGUCCCUACUUACACCGUGUAGCUGGCGAUGUGGAACGUCGCUACCAUCUUCGAUACUACAAAACUGCAACCUGUGUUCACGAGACCGAUACUCGUGGAUAUUGUGUAAAAAAUGGCCCGCAUUGUGCGUUUGCUCAUGGACCUCUUGAUCUAAGGCAACCUGUGUAUGAUAUACGAGAACUGCAAGCCAUAGAAAAGGAAGAAACUGAUGUUGGACAAGCAGGAAUCGAAAAUAAUAAAGCAGUUCUAGAAGAUCCCCGCUGGCAAGGUCUGUAAAGUACUGUACGUUGCUUAAAUGUACACAAGUGCUAUCUCUUUUACACUUUCUUUAUGGUUUGUUUAGCAGCCGUAAAAUAUACAGUUUAAGUCUUUUCUCGCGGGUAUCCAUUUUUGAAUGUGUUAAAUAAGUUUAACCUUUAAAGACCUAUGGUGCGACCCCGAAAUUUAGAUAGAGUUUAAUUGCAUGGUAGUUCACUAUAUUUUUUUUCCUGAUUUGUGACGAAAACAACAUUUAUAACAGUUUGCUGCUGGAAUCUCAUUUUUUGUCUGUAAAUUAUAAUAGCUGAUUCGCCUCCUACGCGAUAACAAACACUAAUGUGAUGGAAAUUUUCUCUGCUGUUUAACAAAGUUGUAGUUCUAACAGUGUUAUUCAUUAUUUAUGGAUUCUUCCAUUGUCUUUACGGUUUAAAUCUGAUCGCAGUUAAUCUUUAAUCUCCACAAAUUUUAUUUGACGUUGAGGAUUUCCCAUGUUAUACGCCGCCUAAUGCCAAGUAUAUGAGCUUGUUCUUCUUUCUUUGGUCUUGUAAAAAUAGCCCAACGAAAGGCUGUUUAUCAAACUACCGAAUGGCAUUGUUUUAGUGUAUGUUAUAUUUUGUUCAAAAAUUGUCUGUUGGUACAACGUUAUAUUGGUGUUUUUAAUGGCAUUAUUGGUGAAUUGCCUUGAAAAAUCUCGAGUCAUUCAGUUAAAACUAAACCAAAAUGAUUUGCCAUUGCAUUUCAGAUACCAACUAUGUUUUAUCAAAUUAUAAGACAGAACCAUGCAAAAAACCACCCAGGCUAUGCCGACAGGGCUAUGCUUGUCCUCAUUACCACAAUACUAGGGAUCGUCGGCGCAGUCCAAGAAAAUUUCGGUAUAGGUGAGUGUGCUGAGACAGAUCUUUAGGAGACUGAAAUUUUAUUGUCUAUCCAAAACUGCUCACGUCACCGUUAUGACCAGGAAAUUGGAGAUUUCCUUUACAACUUGAGAGGCAUUAGGGCAUUGUUUUAUAAGUGCUAGGGAAGCAAAAGGCCAUGUUUUUUUCAUGACAGCCACAUAAUUUCACUGCAACACAUGAGUACAGUGGCUGUAGGGAACAGGAACGUGUUAUAUUGACAACAACCUUCUUCUCUAUUUACUCUUGUUUAAGCUUAGCACAAAAAUAAGAGUGGUUUGUCUUUAGAAUUUAUUGACAAAUGUGGCAUACGCAAGUGAGAUUCACUUGUAUGGGAAAAAUGAACUAUUGCUAUCACAUUGACCCAUGUAUAAACUGCAUAAACUUUUUUCUCAUUGUUAGGUCCACUCCUUGUCCUCAUGUUAAACAUGGUGAUGAAUGGGGAGAACCAACAAAUUGUGACAGUGGGGAUAAUUGCCCAUAUUGUCACACAAGAACAGAGCAACAAUUUCAUCCUGAGGUAGGCAAUGUCUCUUUACGAUACCACAAACCUGUACAUGUAACAUAUACACAGUCAACUCUCUCUAUAGAGGACAGCAUGGGGACCUCUAGUUAGUGUCCUCAUUAGCAAGAGUCCAUAAUAGCAGGAGCCUAUUUCAGUCAAGCAUCUGCAAUCUAUUUAUGUCCCAGGAUUUAGCUGCUGUCCGUAUUACUGGGGUUUCUGUUAUAGUGAGGUGUCUGCAGUGCAAUAGUUGACUGCAUUUUUUGCACUUUUUAAGAUUGUAAAAGAGCGACAGUCACUUUGAAUAAAGGCCAUAACUAGACAAUUACUCAGAGCUGUCAUUAAGAGGCAAAGGGCCAGGGAUUUAUCCUGGCUUCUAUGAUUGUGGCCCUAAGCUACUUUCAAAAAAAAGUAGAAUGAAAAGAAACCCCUAGCUGUUUGAUUUCCCACCUACUUGUAGUAUUUACCCAGCAACUUGAAAUCUUAGUGACAACCCUGAUUACUGGUCAUACCAGACUUGAACGGUAGUCAUCUACCCCAUGAAAACAACUAGUCUUUUGAUAAAUGCUCUUCAGGUAAUAGUCCUUUUUUUUUUUGUUGGUUAGUUUGUGUUAAGAGUACUUGUUUUCUACCAUAAUAAUUUUAUCAAUUUGCCAUUGAGUAGAUUUGCACAAAACUACUGAAUUUUGGGGGAAAUGAGACUUGUCAGGCACCAUAAAAAAAAACAUACUUCAUUUACUUCAUGUUCAUUACAUUAGUGUUCACUGGGCAGUGAAAAGAGCAUUUCAACACUUCAAAACAAUGCAAACAUCCUUUCUGCAUUGUCUGAGAAUUUUUUUUGCUGCUUAAAGUUCAUAUGAAAUUUGUUUAGCAAAUUGUGUAGACCACUUUCUCUGGGCAAUGUUUUGAAAUGGGAAUAAGUCCUUUAUAGUAACAGUUUAUGUAAAGAAACAUGAGUGCUGUUGAGAAUAGCCUUGAAGGAGUUUUAAAGUAAUUUUGUUUCACUUUGUUCUAUUAUUAACAGAUAUACAAGUCAACAAAAUGUAAUGAUAUGCAGCAGACAGGCUAUUGCCCCAGGGGACCUUUCUGUGCUUUUGCGCAUGUAGAUCGUAAGUAUUUGCUGUCUUUACUGUACAAUGUCAAGCUGUUGUUACUGUAAAUGAUAAACUUUUGAACAAAAUUGGGGGAAAAGGGAAUAUUGAGUGAUUGCUUUAACAGAGAUGUGUGUCGGCCCAGAUUUAUUACCAGUGCAAGGAAUGAAUUCUUUUAUUCUGUGGUAAACAACUUGAAGAAUCAGGCUGUUACUGUUUGCUAGAGUGAUCUAAAAGUAAAAAGAGUUUUCAAUUUUUGAACUGAGAAAAGUAUUAGAUCUUCUCCUAUGCUUAUUUCUUGAGUUUGAAGGAAAAACGAACAAACAAAAUAUUUUUUUGUUUAAUUAAGUCUCUCACUCAAAAAUCAAUAUGGUCUCUUAUAUGAUACAUGUAACUACAAUCUUUCACAGAAUAAAAUAGAGCAGCAAACCCCCAUCCCCCUAAAUCAUGGAUGAAGCUUCGCAAAAAGCCAAAAUGUGCCAUUUUCCUUUCCUUGAUUUGGGGGGAAGAGAGUGGGGAGUGGGGGAUAUAAAUUUCUCAUCUAUUUUGUCCAAGAUUGUAGUUCUGAAUUAGUGAAAAAGUAGAAUACAUACUGAGUUUGAACAUUUGUCACUCUGCAGAAGACACAACCACUUCCAGAGAAUCUAAUGGUGAACCAAGUUAUAGCCAGGUACAAGACUCUUACACCAAAAUAAGUAACUACAGACAAGUCAGUUCUUUGGAUUGGAAGUACAAAGCAUUAUGUUGUCAGGGGGGUAGGGGUAAGGUAAAAAAUUGGUUAAACAGGUGUUAGCUUUUAUACAGAUGAAUUAAUAUAAAAUACAGGUUCUGAUAGCAAGCCCCAUUAAUGGGCCAUUUAAGAUGGUGAGUGUAACCUGUCAGAGUAUUAUUUUUGUUUUUAAAAAGUUCCCUUUUCUCAUCGCCUCGAAAUUAGCGAAAGGAACAGCUGUUUUAUCAAAUAUAAUCUAUCGAUCAGGUUACUUCCUGAAAGGAACUCUAGCUUGUUUGUCUGCAUCAUAGAGAGAUGUCCGUUUCAUGGAAAUGGGGAUGUUUUUCAUUUUUAUAUCUUUGAAGAAGAGUGUGUUGUAGGACAGGUACAAGUCUGUAAAUUGUACUUGUAAUAUCUCAGUUAAUAUCCACGGUAUUAUUUUGGUUAUAAUACUCAUGAAUGGUUUGUUGUUUGUAUUUUUCCCCAACAGCUUUAUUCAAUUCCCUCAUCACCCCUUAGUCCUGUUGAUAAUGGAGCCAUCAUGAUGACCAGCUUAGCACAUGUAGUGAGCAGGCCUACUCGGUCCAUGUCAACAUCUUCAGGAGGGUCACACUCUAGUGAACCAUCUACUCCCUCUAGUUUGUAUCCGAAAGCUCCAGGGUCUGAACGGUCUGAGCGAAGUGGAAGCCGUGAAGAUGAACAGCAGGUUGUUAGACAAAAGGACCUUCUUUUUGUGUUUUUGGGUGAAGUGCAUUAUUUUAACUCGCUUUCUUUGUACAAUUGAAUGACAAUUCAGGAAAUUUUAUUUCAAGCUGCCUCAGCUUGGCAACAUUCUGUAGUUGACCAAUUUUGUGAGAAAAGAAGGCAUGUCACUUGAUAAAUUUAAGGAAGUUGCUAAUCAGGGAAGGGAAAAAUUCACUCACAGCCUGGUAAAAAAAAAUGUAGGCAAGGUCAGUGAAAAUUGUUUUGAAGUUAGGGAAAAGCCGAUAGAUUUUAUUUUACUUAAAUGAGUUACAACUGUGUCAUUGCUCAAAGUUUUUGUUUCAGUGGUUAUAUGGUGGUUAAGUUCAGUAUUGAAAAAUAAAGGUCCAGACUGUGUUAGCACAGAUUAGUGCUGAAAUUCUUUUUACUAUAAUUUUUUUCCAGGCAUAUAUAAGAAAACAGAUCUUGCAAAUUGAAAAUGAUCCAACUUUAGAUGAUAUUGAGAAAGCCCGAAGGAAGCAGGUAUUUAUGUCUUUUAGAUCAUGGUGUUAUAAUCAUGUAUUUUUCCUGUUUAGACUGGUUAAUAGUCAUCUAUGUCAGAAGUGCAUUCUUCUAUUUCAAAUGCAAAAAUGACUACUUUCUCCUGCCAGCAGUGUUUAUAGCACAGUGCUGGAGUAGAACAUAUGACUAACUCAUAACUUCUAAGUACUUUGAUGGUCAAGACAGCUGGUUUUUAUAUGGGGCAGGAAGUUUUGAAGAUCAGCCAAAACUUGAAAAGCAGUUGCCAUCUGGUUUUCUAUCCCUGAGUGUAAAAGAAUCAAUUGUGGAUUAAUUGGAUCUUUCUUUUUUAUUCCAGAACAUUAUUGGUACAAGACAAGUAUUUCCUACUGGUUCCUCAUCUUCUUUCUCUACCGUGUCUGCCAGUGCUCCUCCAUUCUACCCUGCUGCUGAUACAGUAGAGUCUGUAGUAGAGAGUGCGCUGGAUGACCUAAACCUAGAUGAUUUUGAUGUUAGUGAGCUGGAAAAAGAGCUUAACAAUGCAUCUCCGGUAUCAUCUACACUCGGAGAUUCCUUUUCAGCUCUUAAUAUUAGUCCAAUGUGUUCAGCUCCUGUCACUAUCCCAGGAGCAACUGAAGAUAUACCACCCCAAGCCUUCACACAGUCGCCCACCUCACCAUUAGGACAGUUUUCUUCUUCUUAUGGCUCUGCAUCACAGCUAGUCUCAGGGCAAAAGGUAAUGUGUAAAUGUAAAGUUCCUCUCUGUUUCUAAAAAUGAAUACAUGGCCUUUAAUCCUUCACAAACUUGUUGUGGCUUUCUUUCAUUAGCACUCACUACAGUUAGGAGGGCACACUGCUCUUUAAACAGAGUAGAAACUGAGAUAUUGUUUUCUAAGAGAAAAGGAAGUUUCUGUUAUACUCAGAAAACUGUACUGAGACAUAUGAUUAGACACAAGGAUUUCUUGUGUCACUCUAGUUAAAUUUGACCUUUUUUGUACUGAAAGCAAAAUAUGAAAUGGAUAUGCAAUUACACUGGUUGACAUGUUGAUUUUUAUUCUGAAGGGCUCUAAUCCUUACCGUGCAAGUCCAUUAGUGAGAGGAAGUAGCCUACAUUCUACUGUUUUGGACCCACUCACAGCUCAGCUUCAGUCACCCAAGUCUCUAGGUUCUCCCCAGAUGGCGUCCCCUUUGGGGCUCAGCAAUAGUGCAAAUGAAAUUCAGCGACUAAGUGAAGAUCUUAUGGCUGCCAAGAACAAGCUGGCUUCCUGGGAGGAGUCCUGGGCUCAAGCCAAACAAGCCUGUGAUGCUUGGAAAAAGGAGGCAGAAGAAUCAGCCAAGAAAGCUAAAGAAGCUGAAAAAAAUAAAUUAGAAGCUAUUAUGAAAAUGGAAGAGGUAAUGUUCGUUGUUUAAUUACUGUAAAUCCUCUAUUAAGCCCCUCAGGAGGCUUAUUUAUUUCAAGCCCGUUUGACGGGGGGCCUAAUAGAGACAGGGGGCUUAUUUGAGUGGGGGGCCGUAUUUAAUUUAGAAAAGACAAUGGUAUCAGUUCUCCUUAAAGAACUAGAAUACAAAGUGGAAAAAGCUCAAGAACAAGCAGGUUGGAGGUCAUGCAGCCGAGGACCAGAAUCAAAUCGAAACUUCCAGUUGGCGAAUAAACCAUCCCGGAUCAGUCCACACGAAGUUUUACUGUCGGGAUUGAUUAAUACAGUCUCUCAUUUGUUAGUGAAGAAUAAUUAGGGGAGGAGAGGGGGGCUUAUUUACUUUCUUCCCCUGAAAAAGGGGGACUUAUCAGAGGAAGGGGGCUUAUUUGAGAGGGGGUGGGGGUUAAUAGAGGAUUGACGAUAUUUAUGUAACUAUAUAUCUAAAGCCUUCCUCUGGGCUUACAUGUGUGCUACAAUCCCUUUUUUCAGGGUUGUUUCUAGGAUUUCAAGUUGCCGGGUAAAUACAACAAGUAGGCGGGGAAUCAAACAGCUAGGGAUUUCUUUUGGUUCCAUUUUUGUUCUAUUUUCCAAUAAAAGUAGCCGGGGGCCACUCUCUUAGUAGCCGGGGAAAAUCCCUGGCCCCCAGCUCUUAAUGACAACCCUGCUUUUUUGGUGGGGAAAGGGGGUGCACUUUUAUAAAAUUUCUGUAAGGUGAACUUAAUGACAUCCAUGGUCACCUUUAUGCAGCAAUAUUUUUCAUGUGGAAGAAAUUCCCCAACCCACUGUUUGUUUUAUGGUAUGUUUUGUAAUGAUGUUUUAGUGGAGGACUUAACACAGGAAAAAAUAACGGAUUCCCAUUUUUGGAUAUUUUUGGGUAUUUAAAGAAUACCCAUAAAAAUCCCAAAUUUGGCAAAGUGAGACAAGUCCCAACCAGGGAAUUCCCAACCAAGUUGUCUCACUCUUCCAAAUUUGGGAUUUUUGUGGGUAUUCUUUAAAUACCCCAAAAAUAUCCAAAAAUGGGAAUCGGUUAUUUUUCCCUGUGUAAGGUGGCUGAACACAGUUUCGCAGGCAGUCAGCGGUAGCGCAUGUUUUAAAUUAGACAAACAAACAUGGCGGCGAAAAAAGCAAUGGAACACAAAAGACGAUUUCUCAAAAUCUACUCAUUAAAAUUUUGUGAUAUUUGGCAGAAUUUUUACUUUUAUCGUAUUUUAAAUAAUGAGAACUUUGAAAUGGGAGUUGAACAGACGAAUUUUGUGACAUUUAAUAAUAACAGUACAAUUAUAUUAUUGAUUAUCUAAAAACCCCUCUGUUAAAAUUUGGUCAAAUAAGUUUCAAAUAGUAAUGAUUAAUUAUAGUAAGCUGUGUGCGAGUUUAUAGGAAAAUCUAAUGAGCGAAUUUUAUGUAAACUGAGUAAAAGUGAAAUUUUAAGGUUGUAUUCAAUCGUUCAUGUUGCCAUGGAAACUACGAAAACGUCAAAUUUUGCCUGUCAGUCAAAAUCCUUCAUCAUUAUAUUUUUCACUUGCCAAGUUUCAGCUUGUGAGCUGCAACCUUUCUCUUGCCAUAAUUUGGCAAAUGACGCAUACUCAGAAACUGCCGAAACUGUGUUCAGCCACCUUAAUCUGUUGUUUUUUAUGAAGGUGGUAUGAGCUGGGGAAAUACAAAUUUAAAUGAAGAUAUGAUUGUUGCAGUGAUAAUUGCAAUUUAAGCAAAUGCAAAGUAACGCAAAAGAAAUCUUGGAACUUCAAUGGCAUUUGAACCCAUGGCAUCUGCAUUAGUCCAUUAGUGAGAGAGCCCGUCAGUGAUAGUUGCAAUUAUCAGUGCAAUGAUCAUAUCUUCAUUUAAAUGAAGAUAUUUUUAUUGUCUGUAGGCCGAAUCUCAACUGAGCAGGUUAAAGCAGGAAAUAGAAGAAAUAAAAGCUGACCCUCAUCUACGCACACUCAACUCUGUUGAAGAUAUCAGAGAUUUACCUCUCUUAAAAAUGAGACAGAUUCAUCGGCAACUUAGUUCAGAUUUAGAAAAAUUAAAUCAGGUACAUAAAUUUUUAUCUGAUUAUGUCUUGUUAAAAUUUAUUCUCUGUGUAUCUGUUUGAUAGUUUUAUGUUUUUGGCUUAUCUGUUUUGUUUAAGCUGCUUAUGUGCAUUUUCCCUGUAUGUUUUAACAUUCUUAGUGUUAAUAAAAUACCACAGAAAAUGUCUUUAAUGUAACAGGUUUAAUGUAGUAGAAAGGACAGUGUCUAAAAGUACACAUGAGUGUCACAAGAAAUAAUUUAAGAUAUUUUCAUGAUGUCAUAGUGACAAAGCUAUUUCUGGAGACAAAAAUGUAUAAAAUAAUUUUAUUUAUUUAUUUAUUUACUUAAACAGGAGCAUCUGGUUGAGCUUAAACUAAAGCUUAUUUAUAAAUUUAACCGUCUGGGUAAAAAAAAAAAAAGAUUAAAGAAAAAUUAUAAAAAUAGUACGCCAUGAAAAUACAUAGAGACAUCCAAGAAUUAACAAGACCAAGCGCACUGUAGCUUGAAUUGUGAUUUCUAUUUUUCUGUUUCCUUUUUAGGUUAUGUACAGUAGAAUAGCCCUAGUUUGCAGUCUUUGUGAAGAACAUCAGAGAUGCAUCAUGACAGCUCCAUGCUUACAUUGUACUAUGUGUGAGGCAUGUGCUUCACAGAGAGUUGAAUGCCCAACAUGUCAUGUUCAAAUUGCACAAAAAACCUUGAUAAAGAUACCUAUUUGAGGUCAUAAUAUAUUACAGUUAGGCAAUGUUUAGCCUGUUUUGAAUUCUCUUUUAGGACUUGAUAUGAUGUUUAAGAAUCUAUGAAUUUAGCUUUUAAGGUAUAAUUAUUAAUGCAUAUAUUAUUCAAAGAAUAUUUCUUAGGGAUUAUGAAUGCUUGUUUCAUCUUCAAAAUUAUUAAUAUUAUUAAUAUUAUUUCCCUUUCCCAGUAAUGAAUUUAUUGCAAAGUUGGAGGUUGAAACGUUUUGUGCUGGGUGUACAUUACUUAGUGUAUUUAUAUCAGCACUUCUUAUUGUAAGGAGAAAACAUCCAAAGAUAUGUUGUCUAUUGCAAUGACAAGCUGACUCAAGGAAAUUAAAACAGCUGUCAGCACACGACUUAUUGCCAGUUGUCAUGAACAUUUUUUAAACUUAAGUUAUUCCGGACACAAAUAGACCUUUUCACGGUUUUUUCAACUUUUUAUAUGGACUGUAGGGAAAAUCCGUCGAAACCACCGCAAAGAGUGACUUAAAAUUAGUAUUGCCAAAUUGCAAAUACAAUAGUAAAGUAUCAACACCGACAUGGCCUUUUCUUUAAUACACAAAAUGGCCGCUUUUGAAAUUCAAACUUAGGGACAUUUGACCCCCCCCCCCCCAAGGGGGUGGGUACUCAACAAAUGUUUCUGCCGAGAAGCUCCUUCCUGAGGUCCAACCCCUUACCCCUUUAUAUACCAUUUUUUUCGCGAAAAAGGUACCCCUUUCGUAUACCUUCUAUUGACAAUCUGUUGACAAAUGGCACCCUUUUCCCAUACCUUGUCUAGUACUUUGUAUCCUUUUUAGCUACUGUAAAUGCACUGUCUUUUAAAUAGGGGUCAAUCAUAAAAAUAGAACGUUUCUCGACUUUUGAAAGCCAUAAAAUUCAUCUGUUAGCCUUUUUGGGCCCUUUUACAGAUCCUAAUGACAAAUUUCCCAACCCUUUUAUAUACUUCAACUAGUGAAAUCCCUACCCUUUCAUAUACCUGAAGCCUGAAAAAGGUACCCCUUUUGGGCGGAGCCUCACCCUAUAUGCCAUUAUAGGGAGUACCCCGCCCCCCCGGAUAUGACCCCCCGUCCCCUAACAUUGUGUCGUUGAUGAGAGUCUGGCCAGGGAACAUUGUGCGGGUUGAAUUUGUUGUCGUUGUUCCUCUCCAUUGUUAGAGUUUUCUCCAAGUUCUUUGGUUUUUCCGUCUAGACACCUCUAUUCUGGGGCACCUUCAGAGUAAUUUAUAAGGUUUGUACUUGGUUAACUCUAUCAAAGUGACACCUAUUUUCAGUUAACACCUCUAUUCUGGGGAUUCUUGCCCUGCUCCCAAGGGUGUUCUUGAAUGAAGGGUCAGUGAAUUACUGGAACCUACCUGUAACCUCUUUUUCCUUGCUGGCCCCUUUGUAAACCGGAGCUCAUAUUAAGUUUAGUGACAGCUCAGUCAUUUCGUCUAGAAGAGAAGAAAAUUAAGAAAUUGUACAUCUAUUCUCUUCACAAAGGACAGCUUUAUACAACUUGUAGGUCUUGUGUGACAUAUUGUGGAUGCUCACUUUUGUCCUUUAGUUUAUGCCCUUAAAGGUGAUGUUACACGAGGCGAUUCGCAACGACCAUUUUUAGCGCAACACUGCGUUGCAACAUUGUUUCGAAUAGUCACAACAUUUUUACAACAUUGUAACGCUGUGUUGCGCUAAAAAUCGUCGUUGCGAAUCGUCCUGUGUGACAUCACCUGAAAAGAGACAUCCUUAUCUCUUGCUUUGUAGAGCACUUUUCUCGUAACGUACAUUAAUCACUUGGAUUUUUCAAACGAAAGACUGUCAUGGUUACAUGUUUUCGUAUCUGGUUUGGUUGAAACAUCCGUUUUUUUUUUAUAACAGUUUUAUUUACGCCUUAGCUGAGUUAAAAAGAUGCUUUUUUUUACGAAUUUAGGAAGUCAAGCGUUGUGCCAAAGGUCUGCCAGGUGGUGGCGAAUUUAAAAUUGCUGUAAUUCAUCUUUUCCACCUCUUUAAAGGGAGAAUACAUGAGAUAUAAAAAUACGCAAGGGCAAGCUCAUUAAAGAAAGAUUUACUUACUUAAUAACACUUGAAUUUUAUCGCCCAUUUUAAAAAUCGUGGUGGUGCACCGACCAUACCCUUCUCCCCCACUUGACCGUUGUGUUGACCGUGGUAAACUGGACACUACUUCCAUCCAAGAUGGCGCCUUGUAGUGUACGAAAAGCCAGGAGGAAAGUAACCUGAUGAUAUGCAGACCGACAGAGAAUAUCUCACCGAAUGGCCUCCAGUAGAAGAUAAAAGUGACAUUAAAGAGUCAAAAAGGAGGAAAAGACCAAAACUUGAACGUGAGCAACGUGAAGGUGAAACAUAUCAAGUAGUCAGGGAGAAUUCCUUGCGUGUGGAGGCUGAAAGUGAACGUGUUUUGUGGGUUCGUCCAGCUCUUGCAAGAUGGUGGAGGAAAACACAACAACUUCGAAAUGUACCAGAUUUGAAGAAGCUUCCAAAAUCAGAUAAUCCAAAUACACUGUUGAGAUAUGUAGCCAGGUAUGUAAGCUCAUGAUUGUGUCAGUAGUCACCAGGCAUGACUAUGACCCCCCUACUGGUUCAAAGGGGCAAAGGGGGAGUAAUUUGAAUCCAGGUAAAUUGGUGCUUGGCCUUAAUAUCACUAGUCUUCUAUCCCAGGACUAGUAGGAAUUGGUUUACAUGAAAGGGUCGCCCCAUGUAAGACAAUCUGGGUUCUGGAGUCUGGAAAUUUUUUGCUAGUGGAAUUCCCGAAUCCUAGGCUUUAUAGUCUGGAAUUCAGCCAAAAGAAUGUGAAAUCCUACUGACUGUUGGAAUCCAGAAUUCAAGUUCCAUUGACAAGGAAUCUGGAGCCCAGUAUCUGGAUCCAGAAUCCCAGACUAUCUUGGAUUACCUUUCAUAGGACAAUUGCUUAGGUGUGUAACUUGGAAAUACAUAAAUGUAUUGCUCAGGGGCAUGCAUUUAUAAGGAAAUAACCCUUAUGAAAAAACCCAAACUGUGCUGAAGGCAACGUUCAAUGUCUAAGAUUACUAUAGCACAGGUAUAGUAAUGGCGGUUAUCAUUGAUGGUUUGCUUGCUCGAGAUCGGGGCUAGAGUGGGAUGGCUACCCAAUGAC